AAAACUAUGUAGGUGGCCGAGUUCAUACUCUCUCCACUGUUACAUAUAUAUAUAGUUAGUACCCUUUAAUUAGACUCAAACAUGACCUCUCUCUCUCUCUCUCUCUCCAUAUAUAUUCCUCACAACAAUGUUUAGUAAUAGUAGCCCAUACAUACAUGCUUCAAUGUUAAGAUAGAGAGAGCAAGUUAAAGAGUAGUACAUAAAGAAGAGAAAAGAGAGAGAGAGAGAGAGAGAGAGAGAAAGGGAGAAUGAAUAUGUGGCCCGACGACUGCGAUACGGAGCUAUGCCUCAGCCCCGGUGGACUGCGGUAUAAUCGCACCUCACGCCGCGACGUCUCCACCGGUUCAAGCAGAGUUGUCGAAAGACGCCGCGAAAAAUUACCUCAACAACAAGUAAAAGAAGAAGAAGGAGGAGGAGAGGAGGAGAGGCCAAUCACCUUCUUCUAUGGAGAUCAAAUGCGUACUUGUGAUGUCACUGAGAUUCAGGCGCGAGCCAUCAUAUGCACGGCGAAGCGAGAGAUGGAGGAGAUGGCGAAGAAAGAGGAGCAUUUCCGCCGCGAUCGUCGCGACCCUCAUCCCGCACCGCCCCAGACGGCCUCCUCGUCGCCCGUCGUUCCACCGCAACCGCUGAGCGAGGGGCUAUCGGUGAAGCGAUCGCUGCAGUGGUUUCUGCAGAAGAGGAAGAGCAGGUUCUGCGACGAGUCGUCGAUUUGCAGCAAUUACUACCGCCACGACCGCGACCACCACCACGAUCAUUGUUAAACUUAUCAAUCUGUCCGGUAAACUACUUGUAUUGUGGAUAAAAAAGCGAGUGUUAAUUUGGCCCAUGGUUCAUGGAUUUGGUUCGUGCCCAUUUAUCUGGUCUAAUGGGCCGGGCUUUGUGUGAGCCCAACAGCGAUAUAUGAAAAGUUUAUUUUUGGGCUGUUUUUUUAGGCGCGGAAUAUUAUCGACCCGUUUGGAAUAUGUGUAGUUGAUAGUUGCGCAUGCGGUUCCACGCACAAUCGCACAAUUCCACCCCUUUGGGAAAAGCUUUGGAGCUUCUGGAGUAGACGUGCGGUGCGACCCGAACAAGCACAUAGUGCCUGGUGCUUUUUGUUUGAGUUCGAGUAUGAAAAUAUGAAAUUUAAGCCUGAUUUGAUCU